AUGUCUUCCUCCGCCGCAACAGCGGCAGCAGAGAACGGCAACGGCACCGCCGUCCCCACGCUCGAGCAGUCGCCGCCGCUCCUCAUCAAGAAGCUCUCGGACAAGGCCAGGCUGCCCACGCGAGGCAGCGCGUUCGCCGCCGGAUACGACCUGUACGCCGCGAAAGACACCGUGAUCCCCAAGCGUGGCAAGGUGCUCGUGGACACGGACAUCGCCAUCGCCGUGCCGGCGGGAACCUACGGCCGCAUCGCUCCCCGCUCCGGCCUCGCCAGCAAGCACUUCAUCGACACGGGCGCGGGCGUCAUCGAUGCCGACUACCGCGGGCAGGUCAAGGUGCUGCUCUUCAACCACAACGAGGCGGACUUUGAGGUCAAGGAGGGCGACCGGGUGGCACAGCUCAUCAUCGAGCGCAUCUACACCCCCGAGGUCGUCGAGGUGGCCGAGCUCGAGGAGAGCGUGCGUGGUGCUGGUGGAUUCGGCAGCACGGGUGCGAACUAA